AAUAUAUAUAUAUUUCUUUAGGAAAAGAGGAGUAGAAAGAAAGGUUUACAAAGCAAUACUAACUAUACCCAUCCCUUUAAUUUGAGACCUCAAAAAGCUUCAUCACCAAGGAAGUGAAGCUAAGCUAAGCAACACAUAUUAUUGAUUCAAGAGGAGAUAGAAAUAAUAAAGAAGAGUUAUCAGUUAUUAGUAGAGUAAUCUUUAAGGCAUAAGGAAUGAAUAGAGCCAUGUUUGAGAGCUCUCUUGUGCAGCAAAUGAUGGUAGGGGGGAACCCUAGUUGGUGGAACAACAUGGAUAACAUAAAGCCACCACAUCAAGAGAUCUCUCCACUUCUGCCUUGCUCAACCUCUUCGGCGGGGGCGGUCGCAUCGUCGACAUCGUCAUCGUCGUCGUCGUCAUCUUCAUCUUCUUCUUCUUUGAACUCUUUCCCUAUGUAUCCUCAGUACACUCAGUCAUCUAGGUUUCUUCCCUUCACCUCUUGGCAGGAUAAUCAAGGUCUACCAGACCCAUGGAACCAGAUGCUGCUGGGAGGAGUGAUGGAAGAAGAGGAGAGAUGCGGCUUUGGUCUGCAAACAAAGAAAGUAGAGAAUUGGGAGGAUCAUCAACUGUAUCCAUCAGGAAACAGCCAUGUAUUUGGUGCAAAGCAAGAGAACUUGGAAAGAUCAGCAUACCUAUGUAAGAAGUAUGAAAAUGAUCAACAAGUUCUCAAAACUACUUCUCCUUGGGCCCAAUCCCUACCAGCUUCUUCUACAAAGUCUUGUGUCACCACAAACAGUUUGAGCACCAACAUGCUGGACUUCUCCCACAGCAAAGAAGGGAAAAGGCACCUUCAAUCAGAACAAUCAUCUGAGUCCAACAGCACAGGGACUGGAUCACCUUUCAAGAAGGCCAGAGUUCAAGCAUCAUCAGCCCAAUCUCCCUUGAUCAAGGUGAGGAAAGAGAAGCUGGGAGAUAGAAUAUCAGCUCUUCACCAGCUAGUCUCUCCAUUUGGAAAGACUGACACUGCUUCUGUCCUGCUAGAAGCCAUUGGCUACAUCAGAUUCCUCCAGGGUCAAAUUGAGGCCCUCAGCUUGCCCUACCUGGAUAGUGGGUCAAGGAACCCCAGGCAUUGUGAUGCCGCUGCUUAUGAGGAACCAAAGAAGGAUUUGAGGAGUAGAGGACUAUGCCUGGUUCCUGUGUCAUUCACCCUUCAUGUUGGAGGAGACAAUGGAGCUGAUUACUGGGCUCCGGCUUUCGGCGAGGAAUUCCGAUGAGAAGCUCGAUCGAACGCGCGCGCACCGAUCGACCAAUCAACUCGCGCCUGAUCAGUUUCGAUGCAUGCAUGGCGGAGAAAACAUGAACAAUUGUUCAAGGUGAGAUAGAUUGGUAAAUGUAGGACAUCAAACUGUAACAUAAACAGCAAAAUUAGGUGGUAGGUACAUAAUUAAACUAAUUAAUAAUUUGGUGAGGGGCUCCUUUGCUCUCUUGUAACUUGAAUUUUAUUGAAUGUAUUGUAGUGGUAUUGUAGUGGUAUUGUAGUAUGUUAGAUAAAUAUCAUGAAGAUUUAUGUAUGGUUGA